CUUACAAAUAUAGAAAGUAGCCAUUGCCUUUGCCUUUUUAUAAAAGUUUAGACCUUAGAGAAGAGAUGAAGAAGAUAGAAGAUCAAGAAUCAGAUCCUAAGUUUAGAGGGAACAAGCCACAGAUGAUCAACUCUGAGCUUCAUAAGCUCUCUUCCAGCCCAGUCCAGAUCAGACUAGGAAGUGGGAACGAAGACAAAGAUGAGUUGUCAAAAGUAUUGAUCAUUAAUAAUAGGCCUAAGGUUGAAGGAGAGGUUACUUAUGAAGAGCCUUUAGUUUUCCAAAAAUAACAUCUCUAUGCCCAUAAAAAAAGUUCCUGAGAAUGUUUCUAGCAUGAAUGUGAUACCUGUGGGGAAUGCAGAUCUUAGUGCCAACAAAGUUAAAUAAACUGAUAACUGAAAGCAUCCUUGAAACAAUCAUGAAGAAGAAACAAGAUGAUCUGAGAAUAAUUCAGAAAUAAACAACAACUUACUAAGAGGAUUAAGGAUGAAGAGUGUUAUCAAAAAAUUAUGAAAAGAAAAAUUAAAAAUUUUUGUACUCAGUUGAUAAUAUGAAGCAAUAUUCUAAAGAAACUAAACCUUAGUGCUGAAGACUUAAUGAACAAGAAUAUAUUUCCAGAUGUACCUUUCUUUAGACAAGACUCUGCACGAUUGAUAAGAGCUGCAAAGACAAAUGAUAUAGAUUGUGUCACAGAGACCCUUGCUAAAAAUAGGCUGACUGUUUAUGAUUAUGACACUUGCCACCAAACUGCGCUCCAUUGGGCUGCUAAGAGGAAUCAUGCUGAAAUUUGAAAAAUUUUAAUUGAGAAUGGAGCCAUUGUUGACAGUAAAGAUUUAGGAAAUAGAACUCCACUUUUGUUGGCAGCAAAGAUGGAUAAUGUUAGAUCGGUGAAGGUCUUAUUAGCACAUGGAGCAAAUCCUGUUUCAAAAACCUUUUUGGGCCAUACUCCAUUAAAGAUAGCUUCGGCUCCUUCAACUUUGAGCUACUUAAAGAAGGGAUAUCUUUUAUAUCUAGCAAACAAAUUUAUUGAUAGGUCAGAAAGAAAGGAUGUCUGGAAGAGAGAAGCUCUAGCUUAUUUUACCUCAGAGAAUGAUAAUGGUAUACCAUUCUUAAUGUAA